AUGGAUGAUCGGGAAGCUCUGGUGUCCCAGGCGAAGCUGGCUGAGCAGGCUGAGCGAUACAACGAAAUGGUGGAAUCAAUGAAGAAAGUAGCAGGAAUGGAUGUGGAGCUGACAGUUGAAGAAAGAAGUCUCCUAUCUGUUGCGUAUAAAAAUGUGAUUGGAGCUAGAAGAGCCUCCUGGAGAAUAAUUAGCAGCAUCGAACAGAAAGAAGAAAACAAGGGAGGAGAAAACAAACUAAAAAUGAUUCAGGAAUAUUGGCAAAUGGUUGAGACUGAAGUAAAGUUAAUCUGUUGUGACAUUCUGGAUGUACUCGACAAACACCAUAUUCCAGCAGCUAACACUGGCGAGUCCAAUGUUUUCUAUUAUAAAAUGAAAGGGGACUACCACAGGUAUCUGGCUGAAUUUGCCACAGGAAAAGACCGGAAGGAGGCAGUGGAAAACAGCCUAGUGGCUUAUAAAGCUGCUAGUGAUAUUGCAAUGACAGAACUUCCACCAACGCAUCCAAUUCGUUUAGGUCUUGCUCUCAACUUUUCCGUAUUCUACUAUGAAAUUCUUAAUUCUCCUGACAGGGCCUGCAGGUUGGCAAAAGCAGCUUUUGAUGAUGCAAUUGCAGAUCUGGAUACUCUGAGUGAAGAAAGCUAUAAGGACUCUACACUUAUCGUGCAGUUGUUAUGUGAUAAUCUGACACUAUGGACUUCAGACAUGCAGGGACGGUGA